AUGUCUACAAUACACGAAUUAUCAUCUCUAAUGACACUUCCAGAAAUGGAUGUGUUUGGAGUACCACCAACACAACUAAUGAUUGAACGUGAUGUUCAAACUGAACACCGUCCAAUAAGUACAUUAUCUAAUUCAACAAAUACUAUUGAAUUUGAAAUACAUACAGGCUUAAAUGAAUAUAUUAACUUAAGCAAAAGUGAACUUUAUUUAUGUUUAAAAUUUAAAUUACAAAAGUCUACUGUAUCAACAACACCUGAAGUUAAAGCAGAAGACUGGAAACUAAUAUCUCCAAUCAAUUAUUUAAUGCAUUCAUUUAUUAAACAAAUUGAUGUAAAUAUUGGUCAAACAACUGUUACAACAUCAUCAGUGAAUUAUUCAUAUGUGUCAUAUAUUGACACUCUUCUUAACAGUAAUAGUGAUGCUAGAAAUACACAUUUAGAGACUGCAUUUUGGCAUAAAGAUGAGACACCUAUGGAUUCGGUAAAUGAGAUAAGAAGUAGUCGUAUACGACCGUCAGGUAACUCAUUAUCUGACGGGUGUGAAGUCGAAAUGUAUGGCAAUUUGCACAUUGAUUUAGCAUCGCAAGUAAAGUCUUUACUUGGAGGGGUCACACUGAAUAUUAAAAUUUACCCACAAGAUCCCAAGUUUUAUUUAAUUUAUGAUAAAACAUUGAUACCAACAGUUGAAAUAAUGGACGUAAGAUUGUUUAUGCAUAAAUCUAUUGUUAACCCACAAGUAGUUGUGGCACACAAUAGAGCACUUGAAAGUGCUAAUGCCCGCUAUUUUAUUACACGAAAGGAAGUAAAGACAUCAAUUAUAGCUAAAGACACAUUAGAUUGUUAUUUAAAUAAUGUCAUCAAUGGAGUGAUUCCUAGAAAAAUAUAUAUUGGUUUUGUUAGUAACGAAGCAUAUAAUGGUUCAUAUAAUAUGAACCCAUUUUAUUUUAAAAAUUACAAUAUCCGACACAUUGCAUGCUAUGUUGAUGGGACUCAAUAUCCACACAGACCAUACACACCAGACUUUGCAAAUAAAAAAUAUAUGCGUGAAUAUUUUGGAUUAUUUGAAACAGCAAAUCAAAUCAAACACUCAACAGAUAUUGACAUAACACGGGAAGAGUAUGCUGAAGGUUAUACACUAUUUGGAUUCAAUUUUACACCGGAUUUAUCUGAUGGAGUAGCAAAAAGUGGUUAUGUAUCAACUGUGGUUAGAGGUAACUUACGAGUUGAACUAAAGUUUGCCUACCCUAUACAAGAGACUGUAACUGCAAUCAUAUUCUGCGAAUAUGAUAGUUGUGUAGAAAUAGAGAGCUCAAGAUUUGCUAUUAAAAAUUUUCAAUAA